GAAGCAUUGCAAUGGCGAGCAUUGGGCCCAGUGGAAUUGAAUGCUGGGCCUGGUAACUGUGCUAAUUCAAUGGAGGGCCAUCGUCAAUUCAGUAGGUUCACGGGCUUUGCCCAUUGAACUGCACAGGGAAGAAGCUGAAGGAGGACGAACGGCUGUUACGUGCUCCGAGAGCGACGUGGAUGGCAAGGCGGAAGCUUCUGUUGCUGUUGAAACCUUUCGAUGUUUUCCCGGUCCGUCGCUCCGACCCUUCUCGGACCAUCAAUCCUCAGUUCUAGAUUAUCUGGAUAGCCGGCGGAAAGUGCACAAGGAUGCCAUAAGGUUCUGUCAGAGUAUACUGCAGCGAAAGCCUAUAGAUUGGGAACCCGUGUUACGACAUGAUCUGUCGCGGCCGAUACAGAAUGUGGAUCUUGUUGUGACGAUCGGUGGCGAUGGCACUCUCUUGCAGGCCAGUCAUUUUAUGGACGACUCAAUUCCCGUUCUUGGGGUGAAUUCCGACCCUACACAGGCCAAGGAAGUGGAAGACCUCAAUGAUGCAUUUGAUGCCACACGGAGCACAGGCUAUCUUUGUGCAGCUAAUGUCAAUAAUUUUGAACAAAUGCUUGAUGACAUUCUGGAGGAUAGAUCAGUUCCUUCAAAAUUGAUGAGGAUAGCAAUCUGUGUGAACUCACGCUUGAUGCCAAAAUAUGCUCUUAAUGAUAUUUUGGUUUCGCAUCCAUGUCCAGCAGCAGUUUCUCGUUUCUCAUUCAGAAUUAAGAAAGAUGACCAGCCCUGCUCCCCGUUAGUAAAUUGCCGAUCGAGUGGCCUCCGGGUUUCAACAGCUGCUGGAUCAACGGCUGCUAUGCUCUCAGCAGGAGGAUUCCGAAUGCCCAUCUCAUCUCAGGAUCUCCAAUACAUGGUAAGGGAGCCCAUAUCACCUGGUGCAGCCUCAAGCCUAAUGCAUGGGGUGGUGAAGUCUGAUCAGGUUAUGGAUGCGGCAUGGUUUUGCAAAGAGGGGAUGAUAUAUAUCGACGGUUCUCACGUGCGCUAUUCCAUUGAACAUGGAGAUAACAUUGUGAUAUCUUCCAAGGCUCCGGCUCUGAGAGUGUAUCUGUCUUCUCAUGUAUUGUCAUAGAGAAACUCUCUGGUCUUGGGAAAUUUCUCUAGAGAGGUUGCGAGGUUGCCUGCUAGGAACUAUUGCUGUUGGAUCUGGUAAAGCUAUGUAUGAAGGGCCAGGGGAAACCAAGAGCUUGGGCCGGUCUUGUGACAUCAUCGGAGAAAGCCUUUCAGGCUUUAAGCAUAAGUGAGAUCAAGAAAUGUUCUGAUUUAGCUGCUAGAAGUGUGUAUAUGGGUAUUGUAUGCCAUUCUAUUCUAAAAGUUCGUACAGGACAAUUUUUUACGGGGUGAACUAGCCAUACUUCACCGACCAAAAAAGAAAACUAGCUAUACUCUGUAUUGCCUUUGUUGAUACAGACUCUAGGACCCGGUGCCAUUCCGGUAUUAACAUCUGUAGCAAGUUAUUAUAUGAAAAGGGCAAAACAUUUGGUCAUAUA